AUGCUUCCAGCGGUGUUGCUGCUGGCCUCAUUGGCCUCUAGCUCGUGGGCUAGUCGCGCCGACUGUGAAAUCGACGGCAUGGAGAUCGACCAUGGCAGUGUCAAGUAUAUACUCGGUCAAGCUCAUCAUCGUAAUAGCAUCUUCGCUCGGUGUUCGACUGGAGUAGCGACCUGCUUUGAAGACCAAGGACUGGUAGAUGCACCGCAAUGGAUUAACAAUAAACAAGUUGACUGCGAGCAGGUAAAGAAGCGCAGACGACUGGGAGUAGCCGUGACUCUGCAAGAGGAUGUCUGGCCGGACCACAUUGUGUGGUACCGCAUUAACGGCUCCUUCUCUGACCAUGAGCUUGAGGUCAUAAAUGCGGCCGUGGAUCUCUACAGCAAAGCAGAAGUGAACGUGACGCUGCAAGAGUGUGAUCCAGUGUCCAGGUGCAACGGCAAGUACGUUAGCAUUGAGCAGAAUGAAGACGCGUGCUACGGUGUCGUGGGGUACGUGAACGAUGGCAAGCCGCAGCUCAUGAAUCUAGGUGAGAGCUGCUUUGCUGGCGGGAUAGGCAACGUCGUGCACGAGAUCGGUCAUGCUAUGGGACUGUAUCAUGAACACACGCACCAGGAUCGAAAGGUGAUUGUGCUCACGGACCAGAAUUUGCCUGUCUCAGCUGAAAACUAUGCCAAGAAGACGAGUCGUGAAGCUAUACUCAAGCCGUACGAUCCAAAUUCCAUCAUGCACUACGGUCGCAGUGCAGGACUGUGCUUUCCUAAGCCGCAGUACCCGCUCGAGGCUUUUUGUGACAUUGAGAUUGUCAAAAACUGUGUCCAACCCGUGGAGCAGCACUGUGAUGCAAGUCGAGAUUCCGAAAUUGGAACACGCACAGUCCUUAGUGCUGGCGAUAUCUACACCCUUCGCGCUCUUUAUGGUGCUAUCGAUAGCUCAAAAGUGCAGGACGUCCAGAUUCCAAUUGUGGACUUAUCUGGCGAUGGAAGUGCAGGAGCUCCGGAUUCCGUCCCUGAUACGAUUAAGUCCAAGUCGAAGGUCUCUCCUACAGUGGUCGGAGCCGAGUCUUCAGCCGAUUACAAUCCAGGAGCUGUGCGUGCCGAAGGAAGCGGCACGCGUUGA